GUCUGAGAUCUUGUUUAACCCGAGCCUUAAUCUCAGUUGAACAAACACCCGCACAUUUUUUUUUAAACUCUCAGCUCUGAAUGUAUGUGAGAGUUUGACAGAUGGCUGCAAAUACAUUGAAAGAGUCAAAUACACACAGUGACGUCGUGCUGGGCUUCUUAGAGGAGGCAGAAUCAUGGCAGCUUCUGAGUGACCAGUUUCCAAGUAAAGUCGGCGGGCGACCAGCGUGGCUGAGCCAGUCGGAUUUACCAGCCGUGUCUGAGUUACAGUGCGAGGAGUGCAAACUGCCGGCGGUGUUUCUUCUGCAGGUCUAUGCGCCAGUCACUGAAUAUGAUCGAUGUUUUCACAGGACACUGUUUGUGUUCUGCUGCAAGACACCAGCCUGCUAUACUCGAAACGACAGCAAGUGUUUUAAAGUGUUCAGAAGUCAGUUACCAAGGAAAAAUGAGUUUUACCCUUUUAAUCCUCCUCCUGACGAAAAGCCUGAACAGCCAGUACAUGAUGCUCAGGUUUUGGGUUCAGGACUCAAACUGUGCAGGCUGUGUGGUUGUCUGGGACAGAAAGCCUGCUCUCGAUGUCACUCUGUCACAUAUUGCUGUAAGGAGCAUCAGACCACAGACUGGAAACAAAGACACAAGAAAGAGUGCUUAGCUGAGGCUUCUCAAGUUUCAGGGGAGCUGAAUUCAUUUCUGUUUCCUGAGUGGGAGCUGGUCACCGAACCAGAGGUGAUUCCGGCAAAAGAUGAACUUCAGGAAUCCCCCAGUCUGGAUCAGGAGAACAUUGCAUCUUUAAAUAGCGGUUUGGAGGACAGUGAGCUGGAGAGUAUGGCUCUUCAUGAAACGUUAGACUCCAAAGUCUUUCAAAAGUUCAAGCAGCGCAUUGCUAAUGAGCCACAACAGGUUUUGCGGUAUUGUAGAGGGGGAUCUCCUCUUUGGGUGACAGCUGAACAUGUGCCACGUGAAGAGGAAGUUCCAGAGUGUACAUGUGGCGCAAAACGGCUCUUUGAAUUCCAGAUAAUGCCCCAAUUACUAAAUCACCUGAAAGUGGACAGUACAGAUGCCAGCAUAGACUGGGGGACAGUGGCCAUCUACACCUGUGCUGAAAGCUGUGAUCAAGGCAACAAAUAUUCCCCUGAGUUCAUCUGGAAACAAGACUUUUCAGGAGAUCAAGCAGAGUAGAACUAUUCAUUUAAAUGAACUUUGUAUUAAAGAUAUGUGGUGAAUCAAAAUGAUUGAUUCCUUCAUAGUUUGGGUCUUAAACUUCCAUUAAAAUAUCCAUUGUCAUAUGAAGAAAUUCCACAGAUUUUGGUUUGGACAUGCUGCCAAUAAAAAGUUUGGGUUAAGACUUUAACCUGAGAUACAUUCAAUUGAUCAAAAAUUAAAGUAAAACAUUUACAUUGUUGCAAAAAAA